AUGAUAAGACCUAUAAAUUCAGUAAUUGAUGGUUCUUUAUCAUUUUUUGGCUUUGAUUCUCGUGAAACUACUAUUGAGGAUUGGAAUGAACGACGGUUGAGGUAUUUAAUAAAACGUUAUGGAAGCAUAAAAGGUGAUCGUUUAACAGUUCUGACUGCCUCUCCAGCUCUAUGCGAUAUAUCGAGAUCGUCGUUAAGACAUCGUCUGGCUUCAAGUUCACAUUCUGUACCAAUGAAGAUUAUCAAUAGACGAAAAGUCUCUUUUGCUAAUUCUUCUGUCGUGCCACCGAUUGAAUCUCAGAGACCGGUUUAUCUACGUGAAUUGAGUAGUAUCACGAAUUUUAGUCUCCCAGUUGCACCUGCUGCAACUUCUGCUCAUAAACCGCACGCAGUGAAAGUUAUCCUAUCAGCUAUGUUGAAUCGUCGAAUGUUACGAACUCGUAAAAAGUUGGAAGGCAUUGAAGUUAAUGACACUGGAUUUGAACGCUUUCAUUCAGCUCCAACUGGUAGAAUAUUUUUAUUAGAUACAACAGAUACUCAUUUUAACAAUGAUAAGUGGGUAGCUCUUAAAGAUGCUAAAAAUGAAGAAACACCAUUUCUAGCUGUAUCGUCAACAAUACCAGUCGGUGGUGAAACUAGUGUUAAUACUGUUAAUAAUAACAGUCAUAAUGAUAUAAUCGGUUAUGAUGCUUCGAUGGAGCAACAGAAAUCAAAUGAUAUUGUCGAUGGUCAUAAUGAUAAUGUUAUUAUUUCCCAAUGUAGUCCGUCAUCAUUUGAUCUACCUGCUACAUAUUCAUUUUUUCAACAUUCCAGUGGUUCUGCCACUCGAGAAAUAAUCGGAGAAAAUCGCCCACGAACAAGUACCACAGUAUCACCGAUAAAUUUUCGUCCUAGUCCAAUAGUAAUUCCAUUUCUUUCAAGGCGUUUAACUGAAAGCUUAUUGACUCCAACACGCUGGGCUUCAGCAAUUAUCUAUCCGCAUAAAGAUAAUUUUACAGAAGAUAUUUUUCGUAAUAAAACAACUGAAUAUAUAGAGUAUAGACCAUAUUUUACAUAUUGGAUAUCAUUUAUUCAUAUAUUAAUUUUUAUUGCUGGUUCAAUCGGUUACGGAUUUGCACCAAUUGGUUUGGGGAUAACUACACGUAUUGUUGGCAAAGUGUUACUGCCCACAUUGACUAUUGAUCAAGUUUGUUGGAUAGAAUAUGAAAAUUUAUGGAUAGGUCCAAGGCAAACAGAUUUAGUCCGAUUAGGCGCACGUUUUCCGCCAUGUAUGCGAUUCGAUCCAGUAUUACAUGAUUCAGUGAUUAAACGUCAAAAGAAAUUUGAUCGUGCUUCGGGAUGUUGUAUUCGCAAUGAUGGUGGUGGUUGUUAUCAGACGCAUAGAGAGGUAUGCUCUCGUACACUAGCUACAUGGCUUCAUUAUGAAACAGUUAAUUUCAGUAAGCAACAAACUAAAGAACUACUUUCAACUAAUAUUGCAGAUCGUGAAAUUCACGUACAUAUAUUGAAGGCUUCUCAUCCUGAAAAUAAUUCUCACAGUCAUAAUAAUAAUAUAUCAAGUAUUAUACAUUCUCUACGUUCAACACGACUUGUUGGUCAAGCUGGACCUGUAUGUGGAUUAGAUCCAAAUUUUUGUGCUCGACCACGCUCUAUUGGAGCAUUUGCUUGGUCCGAGACAGAUGUUACGAAAUGGCCUAUUUGUGAAUUACCUGAUACUGUACCAAAUAUGGGUGGUUAUGCACCACAUAUGGAAUGUCAAGUAACUGGUCAUCCAUGUUGUUUAGGCAUAAAAGGUGAAUGCAUUAUGACUACACAAGAACAUUGUGAUUUUGUUCGAGGCUUUUAUUAUCCAAAUGCUGCACUAUGUUCACAAGUGAAUUGUUUAAAUCAAAUUUGUGGUAUGUCACCUUUCAUAAAUAAUGAAUACCCAAAUCAAAUGUAUCGAAUAUUCACUUCAUUAUUUCUCCAUGCUGGUGUAUUACAUUUAAUCUUGUCCCUUGGUGUUCAAAUGAUUUUUAUGCGAGACUUGGAAAAAAUGAUUGGUUGGCAUCGUAUCACUUUAGUGUAUAUUUUAUCCGGUUGUAUUGGAAGUUUAACAUCUGGAAUAUUCUUACCAUAUCAAGUAGAAACUGGACCUACAGGUGCACAGUUCGCUUUACUUGGUGUCACUUUAGUUGAUUUUAUACAUUGUUGGAAUUUUUUAGCACAUCCAUGGUAUGCAUUACUAAGAAAUAUUUUACUGGUAUUUAUAUUAUUCACAUUUGGUUUGUUACCAUGGAUUGAUAAUUAUGCAAAUGCUGGUAGUUUCCUAUCUGGUAUUUUAUUAUCAUUUAUUUUAUUACCAUUUCGUGGUUUCAUUUAUCCACCUGUAUCUCUUAGUGCAUCCAUAGCUACAUCAGUUAAUCAAAAUAUAUUUGAUAAUAAUUAUUAUAAUACACCUAUAACAUCACCAACAACACCAUCUAUUCUAUUUAAUUUCAAUUUACCUGAUAUAAAUCGUAAAAGUUGUACAUCAUUACAACAUCAUUCCUCUAUGCAUCCACAAUAUCUUCAACAACAAAAUUCUAAAUGUCAUCAUCGUUGUUUUAUUAUUAUAUUAUGUUCUAUUCUAUGGUUAAUAUUAUGUAUUGGUUUAAUUCUUAUGUUUAUAUGGGGUCCAAUUAUUAAUUGUCGAUAUUGUAAUUAUUUUACAUGUUUACCAUUAACAUCAAGUUUUUGUGAUAAUUUACAAGUUAAUGUAAAACAACGAUCUGAUUGUAUUUUACCAAAUUGGAUUUAA